AUGGCCGCCGCCGUGCCCGCCGCCCGCUGGGCCAGAGCCGCCGUCGUAGCGGCGUUGCUCCUGGAGUGCUGCGGCGCGGUGCUCGCCAGCGGCAUCCAGGAUCGAGCAGAACAGUUCUUCAAAAGCGGGCAUACAAAUAACUGGGCAGUUCUGGUAUGUACGUCUCGAUUCUGGUUUAAUUACCGUCACGUGGCAAACACUCUUUCAGUAUACAGAAGUGUCAAGAGAUUGGGCAUUCCUGACAGUCACAUUGUCCUGAUGCUGGCAGAUGAUAUGGCAUGUAAUCCCAGGAAUCCUAAACCAGCUACUGUGUUUAGCCAUAAAAACAUGGAGCUAAAUGUCUAUGGAGAUGAUGUAGAAGUGGAUUACAGAAGCUAUGAGGUUACUGUGGAAAAUUUCUUGCGUGUGUUAACAGGAAGAAUCCCACCAAGCACUCCCCGAUCUAAACGUCUUCUUUCUGAUGACAGAAGCAAUAUUCUAAUAUAUAUGACAGGCCAUGGUGGGAAUGGUUUCCUAAAAUUUCAAGAUUCUGAAGAAAUCACAAAUGUAGAACUUGCUGAUGCCUUUGAACAAAUGUGGCAGAAAAGAAGGUACAAUGAACUGUUGUUUAUCAUUGAUACUUGUCAAGGAGCAUCCAUGUAUGAACGAUUUUAUUCACCUAAUAUAAUUGCCUUGGCUAGCAGCCAAGUAGGAGAAGAUUCGUUAUCACAUCAACCUGAUCUUGGGAUUGGUGUUCAUCUUAUGGACAGAUACACUUUUUACAUGCUGGAAUUCUUGGAAGAAGUUCAUCCAGCCAGUCAGACAAAUAUGAAUGACCUUUUUCAGGUCUGUCCAAAAAGUUUGUGUGUUUCAACUCCUGGGCAUCGAACUGAUCUCUUCCAGCGAGACCCUCAAAAUGUUCUGAUAACAGACUUCUUUGGCAGCGUAAGAAAAGUGGAAAUUACUACAGAGACAAUUGCUUUGGACCGUAAUUUAGCUGGCUUUGAAAGCGAGCUGCCAAAGGAUGUGUUGGCAACAGAACCACUUAAAUAUGCUGAUCAGCUUCCUGUGGCUCAGAUAAUACACCAGAAACCAAAACCAAAGGACUGGCAUCCUCCUGGAGGAUUUAUUCUAGGACUGUGGGCACUGAUUAUCAUGGUUUUCUUCAAGACAUACGGAAUCAAACACAUGAAGCACAUCUUCUGAAUUUGAGCAAGCAAGACAAUUGCGUUGAUCGCUACUUCGGAUUCACUGGUGUCAUCUGAGUUCUCUUUAUGUAUAUUAUGGUUAUAGUGAAAAACAGAGUUGGCAUCUCACUUCUGAGUGUUCUUUCCUGUUCUGUUAAAUACAACCCUUAGGUCAAUCCUUACACCCUAGACAAGUUUGGAUUUAGAAUUCUGAGUUGGUACAAGUGAAACAAAAAUAUGAUUACCUCACAGAAUCUACUUAAAAGAUAUGCCAAAAAGAGUGAAACUAUGAGAACACCAUGUCCACCAAGAGCAUGUUGUAGAUGUCAUCUUUUUACUCCACGUGAUCUGGAUUUGGACAUUUUGGGGUUUUCACUGCACUGGAUUUUUGCAUAAAGCAAAACUGACUCUAGGAUCAGGAUGGAAAAUGUUAUAAGUGGUAUUAUUGUAUUCAGUAAUUUCUGAGCACUUGGAAGAUGAGAUUUAUAAUUUAGGUUUUGUAAAUUCUGUUCAGGCAUAUUGAUUUGUUCUUCUUGGACAUGUAAUGAUGAAUGCAUGCUAACUGUGUUUUGGCUGGGUAAUACACAGAUACUAAUAAAGAGAAGAGCAAAUGUCUGCAUGUAUAAAAACAGUAAGUGCCAACUAGGUGAUACUCUUGCAGAAUGCUUUUGGGAUCUCUUCUCUCCCCUAAUCAUAAUAAAGCUGAUACAUACGUGGUUUAAA